AUGUUGGUGGAAAAGCAUGUCAUCGGCUUUGCCACUGUCUGCUCGAUAUUGGCCACGGCCGUAUGUCUCCUAGUCAUCUCGUCAUUAUACGAUGAGAUCACCCAAGUUCAUGAUCUGGUCUUGGACGCAGUGGCCACAUUCCGUGUGCAGACCGAUUCAGCUUGGGUAGAGAUGAUGGACGUGCAAAUCGCCGUCACUCCACCAUCGAGACCACGCCAGAAUCCGUUCAACUCGAUCUUCCGUUCGAAGAGGCAGGGUCUACCGCCAUGGUGUGUCUGCGAGGUUCCCAGAAUCACUUGCCCACCUGGACCACCUGGCCCACCUGGCCAGCCUGGACAACCUGGUAACCCUGGUCCUCCUGGACCACCAGGUCGGGACGACAUGACCAUCUAUGCUCCUAUUCACUGCCCUGCUCCAGACCGUUCAUGCAUUCGUUGCCCACCUGGACCUCCAGGACCACCAGGACCCGAUGGAGCUAUGGGACAGCCUGGAAUGGAUGGCAGACCCGGAACUCCUGGACCUCGUGGAGAAAACGGUCAAGCCGGUCCUCCAGGAGAAAUGGGAGAACAAGGACAGCCUGGUCAUCCAGGAAUGGAUGGCAGACCUGGACCACCUGGCCAGGAUGGACGAAAAGGCACUGGUGGCCAGGGUAUGCCUGGACAUCCGGGACCCCGAGGAGAGCCCGGAAAACCAGGUGCUGCUGGCAACCCUGGUGCACCCGGUAUGCAGGGACCAACUGGUCCACCAGGCCAGAAUGGCAUGCCAGGAACCCGUGGAAACGACGGUCAUCCUGGAGCCAAUGGCUUACCUGGAGCUCCUGGCAAGGACUCCACAUACUGCCCAUGCCCACGCCGCAGUCGCAGUGCAAAGAAGAAGAAGGCUUAA